AUGGCAGAAGCUGACAAGUGGACUAAACGGGUGUUACAUAACCUUCUAUAUUACCAGACCAAUUACUUCAUUACAGCUUUAUUCGUUUUUUUGAUUAUUGGUAUUAUUCAUCCUGUGAAGAUGGUUUUUGGCUUUGUAGCAAUUGCAGCUGCUUUUGGAGGUUUUGUAUUCUGUACAAAUAAUCAGUGGAAAGCCCGCAAGUUCAAGAAAGACCAUCCCAUCAUCAGUGUGUUAAUAGUGCUAGGGGCAGGCUAUCUGCUUGUCUACAUGCUUGGUGCUGUAAUAGUCUUUUUGCUUGGAAUAGCUUUUCCACUUAUGUUAAUUUUGCUUCAUGCUUCAUUGCGUAUGAGAAGCAUCAAGAACAAGUUCACAAACAAGAUGGAAUAUAUAGGUUUGAAGCGGACUCCAAUGGGAAUCAUAUUGGAAGGUUUUGGCCAGGAUCAGGAUGGUUCCUAG